CGUUCUCCGCGAGGAAAAAUAUCAAAAUAUCCACAUGAAGCUCCUUUUUGCCUCGCUCCCUCUGCUUCUCCUGGCCCCACAGCUCAUCCAUGGUCAAGAUGAUGGUUCUCAACCUCAGUGUGCCAACUGGACAAAGCCCAUCUAUUUUUACAAUGACCCUGCCCUGCAGUCGGCAGACUAUGACUACCUCUUUGCCGUGAUAACAACGAUUGAAGCUGACUGCUUUGAUGCUGAUGGUGUUCCCACUCCUUGCUCCCUUGAAAUAGCUUCAGAUCUCCCAGAAGCACCAGCCUACGAAACAGAGUGCUACAAAGGUGGAGGUAGAAUCUGGACAUACACCUACCAUCCACUCUGUGGUGAUGGUGCUAGUUCAUCGGAUUACUCUGUCAAGCCAGUGCUGAUCUGUGCCAGUGCUAGCUGUUCCAGUAGUGGUGUAUCCAAUCUAAUUCCCCAGCAAGAGCUGAGAGAGCUAAAGAACUACUCAUGUGGUUCUGGAGUAAACGAUCUUGAAAUGAAGGAUUAUCCCAGCUCUGAAAGUGCUUCCCAACCUGAAUGUUACAAUUGGACCCAGGCUCAGCUGUUCGAUUGGAAUCCAGAUUUGAAGCCGGCCGAAGAUGCCUACCUGGAAAUGGUUGCCUUGAAAAUGGGAGCAGAGUGCCUUGAUACUGCUACCAGCCCAGCCACAGCCAAAGCCUGUGAUAUCACCCUGAGUGAAGAUGAUGCAGCCACCAAAAAAUACAAAGAGGAAUGUGAAAAAGUUGGUGGUGUGGUCACCAGUUAUGAAUUGAAACCAAAUUGCAAUCCUGGUACACCCGAGAUGAAGAUUGCACCAAUGAUUGUUUGCUCCAGUGCUAGUUGUACAGAAAAUGGAGUGAUUAACUUGUACCCACGACAAGAGGAGACAUACAAGUAUAUGGAUGAAGCUGGUAUCACCUGUGGCAGUGUUAUUGACAGUUCAAACACUGAGGUUCUCAGCAGCCCAACAGGCAGCAGUGGCACCAACCUCCAAGUCUUUGGAAGCGUUGUGGCUGCCACAUUGUUGGCCAUUUCUGCCUUCUUUGUUUGAAAGGUUUAUUUAGCGUUUGGAACUUAGGUAUGGUGAGUUACGGGCAAUCAAUCGAAAGUGGAAUUGAAUCGCCAGCAACAGGAAGGCCUAUACUUUAAAAAAUUAGUGAUGUUUU